CCCAAAGGGAAAGUGGGCACAAAGGGAAAGAAGCAGAUCUACGAGGAGAACGAGGCGACGCUGAAGUUCUACACAAGAGUCAUCCUGGGAGCGAAUGCGAUAUAUGCUGCCGUAAAUCUUUUGGUUUUCUACAGUUCGUCUACAUUUUGGACAUGGCUGCUGCUCAUGUUUGCACUAGCAGUGUAUGUCGGGAGUUACCGCUCCAUGUCUGCCAUGGCAAAGCCAGUGUUUGCUGAGGAUGGCGGUCUACUGGACGGAGGAAUAGACUUAAAUAUGGAGCAGGGAAUGGCAGAGCACCUGAAGGACGUCAUCCUGCUUACAGCCAUAGUGCAAGUGCUCAGCACCAUCUCAUCUUAUUUCUGGUAUCUUUGGCUGCUGGCCCCGGCCCGUGCCUUGCACCUGCUGUGGGUGAACUUUUUGGGCCCCUGGUUUAUGGCAGAAAGCCCGUCAGCACCAGAGGAAGUGAAUGAGAAGAAGCAGAGAAGACAAGAGCGCAGACAGAUGAAGAGAUUCUGAUGCUGCAGAGCAGACGGAGCAGUAUUUUUAUACACAGAAUCUAAUAUACAGAUGGCGAGGAACUCAUAAGUUAUUUAGGAAGAAAUUUUGUUAUUAAGUUAAACUUGAUCCAAAUCUGAUACUGUGGAAUCUUGUUUUCCAUGUUUGUUUUCUUUCUGCUUUCUCCUGUAAUCAAAUUUUCUCCUUAAAUAAUGAAAUGAAAUCUUCCCUAUUUAGAUAAUGUCACGGUCCAAGUAUCAUUUGUCCUCAUGCCGAGAUUUAAGAGUUUUGCUGUUGCACAAUCCCAUCACACCGCCCCCUGCAGACUUCCAUCGAAUUCCUCCUCUGCGAACGAACCCUGCGAUACAGUGACGAAAUGAAUCAGAACCAUAGCCAGCUGAAUUUAUUCUGUCAGAGCCACUUUUGUCAUGGCAUGUGUUUCACUUUUAUGUAAUUGUAUUUUUCAAAAAUGCAGAAUUCAUCGGUGAGCCUUCAUUACAGAGCCGAGAUGUUUUGUUUUACAAGCUAUUAAGUCUUAUAAAAUCAACUGGAUAUAAUUCAAGUUUAAUAGAAAAAAUGUCAAUGUUUUGCAAUAAAAAAAAUCUUCCUCCAGUA